AUGCAGCACACCUCGCGUAUCAAUGAAGCCUUCAAUGCUUUAAAAAAACCUGUCGAACGCGCACUGUAUCUGUUGAAGCUGAAAGGUUUGGAUAUCAAUUUUGAAAAUGAGACAACGAUGGAUGCUGAGUUUCUCAUGGAGCAGCUAGAACUCAGAGAGUCGCUGGCUGAAAUCGAAAAUAACCAAGCGGCACUAGAUGAAUUAGAUAAGAU